CAAACGUCGUUAAGAUCCAAAAAGAAAAAGAAAAAGAAAAAAAAUGAUGAAGUCUUUGGUUUGUCUCUCGCUCAUCCUCCUCCCUCUCAUCGCCGUCGUGGAAGGCAAUCUCGGCGGGUGGAAGAAGAUCGACAACUUAUCGGAUCCGAACGUGGUUUCGCUCGCGAAGUAUGCGGUUGAUGAGCAUAACAAGCAAUCGAAAGCGAAUCUGGUGUUCGUGAAGAUAGUCGAGGGGAAGGAGCAAGUGAUCAGCGGGAAAAAGUACGAUCUGAAGAUUGCGGCGAAGGAUGGUGGUGGUGUGACGAAGAACUACGAGGCCGUGGUGGUGGAAAGGGUGUGGGCUCAUUACAGAAGCCUUGAGUCUUUCAAGGCAGUGUAGAUCUGAUUUGGAAUCUUGAUCUGAUAUCUAUCUAGGUUUCUAUGAUUUUGAGAUUUUGACAUUAUAUGUUGUUGUUUUUGUAAUAAAAAGUCUUCUUGAGAUUCAAUAAAAAGAUGUAUGUUACGAAAACUGUAAAUUUACAAAAAAAAAAAGAUGUGUUACCACUUGGA